AUGGUGUCCUCCUCUCAGAACACGAAUAAAAGCCUUCAUUCCCUCCUCGCCACAAAGCUCACCAACCUCACAAUUCCACCUUCCUCCUCCUCCUCAUCUUCGCCUCAAGACUUCGACUUCAACGACGUCUUCAGCCCCCCAACCACCUCCAGCGACGCCACGCCGCCGUCGUUGCUUGUCAUCCACAACCGCUCCCAAUCCUUUGCUGAGACAGAUAUUCUCACCAAAGUUGUGCACCCUAUCAUUGUUCAGCUCCGCUAUUCUUUUCAGACCAAGAGUAAAUUGUACUUGAUUAUGGAUUUCAUGAACGAAGGGCAUCUGUUUUAUCAUACUGCCCUCAAUAAGAACAUGUUAUAA